GAGAAAAUACAAUGUAUAUUCACUAAACACAGGGUAGCCACACUGGUUAAAUCUCAAACCACCUUCAGACAGGUUUUAGUUCACCCGAAAGACAAAGUUGAUAAGCAAAAAAAGGCUAGAGUGGUGUACAAAAUUCCAUGCAACAAAUGCAAAAAGGUAUACAUCGGUGAAACAGGGAGACAGCUGGAAACUAGGAUCACAGAACACAGAAAGGAAGCAGAAAAGAUCUCUGACAGAAAUUUCACAAGAUCCACCCGUAGAGCUUCUACAAGUGAGCACCGUAAAUCAGCCAUAACAGACCACGUCUGUCAGAACAAUCAUAUUAUGAAUUGGGAAGCAAGUGAAAUAGUUGAGCAGGAAAGCGACAAGUUUAAGAGAUGGAUCAAGGAAAGCAUACGUAUUAGAUCGAACACUCCUACUAUGAACAGGGACGAGGGAGCCAAUCAGCUUUUUCCCAUAUGGACACAAGUGAUCUCCACCCCCAAACCAGGGGGG